ACAAAAACUGAACAACUAUUUCCCGAAUCUCCCGUGCUUUCCUACCCACGCUCCCUCCUCCGCUCUCCACCUCUCCAACCACCAUGGGCGACUACCACCGCCCCUAUCGGGGCGACCUCCGCUCGCCGCCGUCCUCCGCGCCGGACCCCGCCUUCCCGCACGCCAACGGAUACUUCUCCUCCUCCGCCUCUCCCCACUCCAACGGCUACUUCCCCCCCGCCUUACCCAAUAAUGACGCUUUCCCUGGCGCCGCCGCCAGCGGCGACCGGCGGAUCGAGAUCUACACGACGGCGCCUCCGCCGCACCUUCCCCCGCCUCCGGGCCAUACGCUGGCGCUGCCCCCGCCGCCGGGGUGGAAGGAGGGCCGCCUGGGAGGAGGAGGGGGCGCGGGCAGGAAAGGCGGAGGGGGUGGGGCCAGCAUGUGGUGUCUCAGCGACCCGGAGAUGAAGCGGCGGAGGAGGGUGGCGAGCUACAAGGCCUACUCGGUGGAGGGCAAGGUGAAGGCGUCACUGCGGAGGGGGCUCCGAUGGUUCAAGGGCAAGUGCUCCGAUAUCUUCCACGGAUGGUAACCUCUGAUGGCUCCCGAGCCCUGGCUCUUCUCCAAGAAAGGAACGUUCUUGAAAUGUUCGCAAUUUAGAUUCUUUUUUUUUUUUUUUUGCUGGGAAAGUAAUGUUCCGGAUAUCUCUUAUAGACUUCUACUAAUCGGAAUGGAUUUGCGAUUGUGUUGUA